GAUUUUCGAAAAACGAUUCAAAUGGGCUAUUAUAUCUAUAACCUAAUCUAUUGACUGACAUUAAUAGAAGGAUGUAAGCGUAUUACGUUCAAAUAAUCGGAAUUGUCUUGUCAGCAACAAUAAAAAGGUUGUAGCUGUUGAUUACCUCUAAUUGGGUGUGAUAAGUACACGUUAUGGAGAGAGAACCAGAGAGAAGAGAAAAUCGUCGCAGAAGGCCCCGACUCGAAAGAAAAUUCGGCUUAUUCCAUUGUCCAUGUAGCAAGGAAUCUUCAUGGGCGAGUGCUCAUGUGUACUGUGUUGAGGGGACGUACAGGGUGUAUUUCAAACAGAAGUGUAAAAUUUGCAACACUCCUCGAAACCCAUACAAGGUGAGGGACCUCCAGUGUCCAGAUUGUGGGCUGGACCGUGACGACUGUGAAUGUGAAUGUAUAUACUGUAAUAAACAUCGUUACGAUUGUAUUUGUGAAUUUGAGGAAGAAAAAGGUCCGGAGAAACCUCAUAGAAGUGACCUGUGUAUGAAAUGUAUAGCCGGGAUACCGUGCUCCCGUGACAUUCAGGACGAAGAGAGGACGGUGCGAAAGGGGAGGAGACGGCGACGAAGGAGGAGAAAUUAAAAAAAAUGUUAUAACUGUGUUUCCCACCCGUGGUGGGGCAACAUAUUGAUUUAGUGUUGUCCAUCUGUCUGUCAGUCUGCCUUGUUUGUAUGUCACGAAGUUUGCCAACGCAGCUCCUCCGACACCACCAGGCGGAUUUAAACCAAAUUUAAUUAAAACGAUCAUUGUCAAGCCUAGUACUUCGUAUUGUCCGAUGGUUUUCAGUGGAGUUAUGGUCCUUGAUUCGUGUAAUUUUAUGAUGUUUUGACUUCUAAAAAAUGUAUAUUAAGGGCGGAUUUCCACCAAACUUUACAGAAGUGAUCCGCGUCAAGCCUAAUUAUGCACAAUACGUAUGUUCCGGUUCAGUGAUUAUCAGUGGAGUUAAAUUUUGCCGAAGUUUACCUUGUCAGCACAACUGCUCCGAUACGAGGAAUUACAACACUCUUCAAAAAAGUGAUCAUUCACAUUGACAAGCUUAGUCGUGCAUAUCGUGUGCAUAUCCUGGUUCAGUGAUUUUCUGCUGACUUAUAGCCCUUUAUUUGUCAAAUUUUAUGUUGUUUUUGGCUACUUCGCCUACACCAUUGGGAAUAUUUCCAUUAAACGUAACAGGAAUUAACCGCGCCAAGCCAUCGGCAUGUUCCAUUUCUGUAAUGUUCAGCGGAGUUAUGAUCCUUGGUUUGUCUAUUUCACAGUGUUUACUUACCGUAUUAGGCUGAACAAAACCUGUGUGAAGUACAAAUACACUGACGAGAUAUGAAAACGCAACAGACAUAUGCCUGAAAAAUUUUUACUACAAAAAAGCAUCACCUUGAAAUGUUCAGCACAAACACAUCUCGAUACUCAAUACCCAUGAUACCCAUUGUGUUAAUUUUAUGGUCUGUUGUGAUGAUUAAAUUUGAACACAAAGGGUAUAGAGUAUCGAGAUGUGUACGUGGUGGUCCUUUUGUAGUAAAAAUGUAUCCAGACAUACAUUUGUUGCGUUUUUAUAUUUCGUCAGUGUAUGUAUAUCAUCGGCAUGUUCCGAUUUAAUGAUUUUUAACGGAGUAAUAACCAUUGAUUUGUCAAAUUCUAUUGUUUGUGCUACUUCUCCCCUUACCACUGAUUGGAAUUCCACAAAACUUUACAGGAGUGUUUAUUGCCAAGCCAAGUUGAGUAUAUCGUUGGAAUGAUAUGGUACAGUCAUUUUUGCUGGAGUUAUGACCCUUAAUUUGUGCCAUUUAACAAGUAGUGGAAGACAAUCGUUUUUCGUGAAAAAAAAACAUCUCUAGAUCUAGCGUUCACUAUGUUCUGGUUUUGUUUUGUCAUGGGUGGUUUAUCUAUUUUCAAAUAAAUAAAACGACUCAUAUAGCAUAUUUUUGUUCUUAUUUCAGUAGAACAUUUUAGUGAAAUAAAUAUUAGUUUGA